GGGUUCCCCGAGAAUUAGUGUUGUGCACUUGCAGACACAGUUUUAAGCAGCCAGAAUAAGGUAUAGAUAACUUCAUGUAUGACUAUGAGCAAUUCGUACAAUUUCUACAUAGUUAUGCAGUGCAGACUUAUUGUGACUCCAUAAAAUUAUGCAUCUUUAUGCACUGCAAAAUGAUUGAGGGUUUAGUGUGUACCUCAUCCGUUUCUGAUUAGAGCCAGUACAACAAGGCACCUGGCACCUGCACCCCCUGCGGCAUGUGGCGUGUUUGGCCCACCUGCAGGCUCCUAUCAGCUGGUCAAGUGCCAUCAGGUGGCGGCGCGAGCACCCGCGCAACGGGAUAGGCGUUCUGCACCCUCCCGGGGGGCAUUCAGGCGGCGUUCGGUCGGCGUUCAGUGCGACAGCGACAGCCAUGGCGACGACACCGUACUUCGGGCGCGGCUGCGUGCCCAUUGUCCUGCUGAUGAUCGCCGUCGGGGUGGUCGCGGGCGCCGGCAUCGGGUAUUGGAUAUUCGCGUUGUACAAGCCCGCCGCGGCAGCCGAGGGUGACCUGGCGAGCACGGCAACGGUCACUACAGCUACCGCGCCCACGCCGACAAGAUGGACGAGGAUCACUAGUCCUGUAACGCCGACUCCGACUUCGACCCAUCGGCCAGCCACUGCCGCCGUGCCGUGCGUCAAGCGCAGCUUCGGUUUCGACUCGUUCGUGUGCGUGUGCAACUCCACGUACUGCGACACGCUACCGCAGGUGCAGCCCGCCGCCCUGGGCAGGGCGCUGGUCUACACCACCACCAAGGCGGAGCUGCGCUUCGAGAGAGAGGAGCUCGCCUUCACCAGGCCCGUCGACGGCGACGACACCCAGACGCUGACAGUGAAUCGCAGCCAGACCUAUCAGUCAGUCUACGGUUUCGGCGGCGCCUUCACGGACGCGUUCGGCAUCAACCUGGUGGCUCUACCCGCAAAGGCACAGGAGCUGCUCCUCAGGUCCUAUUUCUCCCCCGACGGUUUAGAGUACAACAUGGGCCGAGUGCCGAUCGGAGGAACCGACUUCUCCACGCGUGCCUACACCUACGCAGAUAACUCGACGACCAAAACUCUCAGCAGCUUCGCGCUGCAGACGGAAGACUUUGUGUACAAGAUUCCCGUCAUCAAACGCGCGACAAAGAUGCGCAAAGAGGAACCCAACAACCGAGACGAUCUGCUCCUCUUCAGCUCCAUCUGGUCACCGCCCUCCUGGAUGAAGACCAGUAACGACCUCUCCGGGUUCGGCCGCCUAAAGAAGGAGUUCUACCAGAUGUACGCGGACUACUUCGUCAGGUUCCUGGAGGCUUACGAGGCUCAAGGCAUCUCGUUCCACUGCGUUUCUACCGGCAACGAGCCCCUGAACGGUAUCGUGCCCUUCAAGUACUUUAACUCGCUGGGCUGGGUCCCUGGCGAGUUGAGCCAGUGGAUACGAGACCACUUUGGACCGACCAUCCGCAAGUCCAAGUUCAAAGAUGUGAAACUGCUGGGCCACGAUGACCAGAGGAUCCUGCUGCCUUGGGAACUCAAAUGGGAGCUCGCAGAUAAAGUGACGAGUAGCUACAUUGAUAUUAUCGGCUAUCACUGGUAUCUCAAUUUCAUCACUCCCUCGAGCAUUCUGGACUCUGUUCACAAUCUGUGGCCCGACAAGCCCAUCAUAAACACGGAAGCUUGCAACGGGGACAAGCCGUGGCAGUUCACUCGGGUGGAGCCGGGCUCGUGGGGCAGAGGUGAGAUGUACAUGGCCGACAUCAUCGAAGUGAUGAACCACUGGACCACGGGCUGGAUGGACUGGAACCUGGCGCUGAACCGGGAGGGUGGCCCGACCUGGGCUAAGAACUGGGUGGACGCGCCCAUCAUCGUGGACGCCAACCGAGGCGAGUUCUACAAGAGCCCCACCUACUACGCGCUGGCGCACGUCGCCAAGUUCGUGCCACGAAACUCGGUCCGGGUCUCGCUCCAGAGCGCAGGCGGCAACUUCCUCAGCGGCACGGUGCAGCACGUCGCCUUCCUCCGGCCAGACGGCGGCGUCGUCGUCGCCCUGGUCAACAAGCACAACAGCGUCCACCGCGUCACCGUCCGGGACCCCAGUCGCGGCGAGGUUACCCUGUCCGUCCCGGCCAAGUCGUUCGUGACCGUCGUGUACUGGUAGCGAGAUCGUGUACCAGCAAUAUGACACACGCUUUCAUUUGGCCACCGAACUGAAACUAAUUG